AUGUCUCGACGCGUCGUGGUCGUCAAGUGGUCGCUUUUAGAAGCACCCGACCAAAAACGACUUUCGGAUGGGGGCAGCGGAAGGUCUUCCCGCUUUGAACAUAGAAUUUGAACAUACUUUAAUUUUUAUUUCAACUUUGGUGAACAUACGAAGAACUAAUUUACGAAGUUUAAUUUUUAAAUAUACUGAGCUAUAACUUCAGAUUAUUCGUUCAGAAUCUGAUCUCUUCGAGCUAUUUUUUCACACCUCUCUGCGAAUUUUCUCGUUUUUCCGUUCUUCCUUUGUUUUUGUCAUUGCGUGGAGGAAAAACGCGUGGCGAUUGUCUUUGGGGAGACUGGCUCAGAGCCAAUUUCGGCUUCUCCUCGGCGCCAUAUUAGGAAAGAAAGUAUACUCGCUGUUGAAGACAUGCAAACGAGGCAAAAGGGACGAGGAGGAUUUGAAAGCCACGCCCACUUCUUUUUCCUCACACGAACUCACUCACGAAAAGACUCACACACGCUCACGGCUGCCAAAUCGAAACGUGAGUGCUCCGUGUGCAUAUUCCUUCCGCGCAGAGCCGUUCUUCAGGCUUUUCCCUCUUUUUUGUGCUCUUUGAAUUGGUUUCGUGUCACCUCUGAAGUUUAAUGGACUAAAAGCUGCUGUUCCGUCUAUUUUGAUCCAUUUUUUCUUGGGUUUUUUGACUCGAAACAUUUUUUUUUGUGUUUUUGAGCCUCUUCCUUUGAUUUUCUAACAAGCUGAUGAAAGUUUUGAAAAAUUUUUUUGAUUUUUGUGAUUAUUUCCAAUUUUAUUUUUUUUUUCUUAAGUGAAAAGCUCACGCCACCCGUAGAAUUUUUGUCAUAACUUGAGCUAAAUCUUGUGAAAGCCGCUUUUGAAUUGAAAUCUCCUAGAAUUUCCUUCAUUCAUCUCUUUCCAUUUGUAAUCAGGCUUUUUUUCACUAACUUUUUUAAAAAGAGCUUUUUUUGACAUUUUUUUCUUGAUGAAGAAAAAAACAAAAAUCCUCGAAAAAAAUAAUACGGAAGCUCAAAUCUCUUCAGAAAUUGAAUGGAACUUCCUAGACAAUUUUUUGCAUUUUUUAAGCUUGUGCUUUUUAAAUUUUAAAAUUUAAGUUUUCUUCAAAACACCCAUCUCGUUUUUUCCCUUCAAUGAUUUAAGUUUCUUAUUUUCUCCUUGAAACUUGAAGGUUCCAUGAGUUUUAUGAAUUUUUCAUCUGAUUUCUUUUUUUCGCUCCAAUUUCUUCAAAAACUCAUCUUGGAAAUGGCAAAAAUUUGAAAAUUCCAGCAAUCGAUUCCUUCGAUUUUUCAAAAUAUUUUCGAUAGUUUUUUUCCCAGUUCACUUUUGCUCAGACUAUUCUUGCUCUGAGGUUACCAAUUACAGAAAAAAAAGUUAGAGAGUGGGUUUCGCUGUUAUUUUUGGUUUUUCAAUGUUCUUGCGCAAAUAUUUUUUAACUCAAGAAGAACUUUCCUUCUCUUACGAAAAUGAUUUUUCUCAAAUUCUUCAGGCUUCGACUAAGCCGAAGCUCCAAAGAUCGCUCCAUGAAUCCAGGAUAAAAGCGUGCCAUUUUCAUUACCCUGCCAACACAUUAGACGGCCCAUAAGCGGACAUGAGCAACACAUAUGAGAGUCCCCCGUAAUUAGCGGACCUCCAGGAAAAGCUGUCGAAUAUUGAUCGAAAGCCGGCUGGCAGAGGUCCGACCUCACCUCCAUUUCUUUGACCUUUUGAGCAAAAUGCACUUUGUCUGUUUGUGUGGACAACCGAUAAUUGAGUAGGGGACAAAAAAGGCGAGAAAAUUGGAUUGGAGCGUUCGCUUUCGAAUAAAAUGUCGGUUCACGGCUUCGAGAAGACGUUCAGGAAAAAUUGAGUUGGCUUAAUCGAAAAAAAAAGAAGUUAAGCCUUUAUGUGUGUUAGUACUCUUUUUUUUCUUAUUUAGAGUUUCCAAAAAAACCGAAAAAAAUUCAAGGUUUUUUUCGAAAAAAAUCAACGUACCGUUUUUCAAUUAAAAAAAGUAUGAAUCUCCAAAAAGAGGUCCAAAUUUUUUUGUACAAGUCGUAACAUGAAUUCAGCCACCUUUUUUUAUUCUACCAUUAUCAACGCUUCAUCUAAGAAAUAUUUUUGAUUACUGGAAGGUUCAAACAAAAAUAAUUGGAUUUUUUUUUCACCUUUCGGGCUCAUCAAGGUGAGACGGAAAUGACCCUUCGCUAAUUAUCACUGACGGUCCUUCAUUAUUAUUGCGUGUGUGUCGCUCCUACUCGACUGCCCCGUCUACAUUUAAUAACUGCCUUGUUCCGGCUUUUCCCUGCAGCUUACGGCGCCAAUAAUUACCAGAUAUGAUGACGCUUUUCUCCUGCUCAAUGCUCUCGAUCUGAGAUACUCUCUUUCUUGCUGUUUAUAGAUUUUCGUGAGACAUUUCGUUUGUUUUACGUUGAAAUUUCUUGAGUAAAAUAGGCUCACUAGAAUUCGCUGGAGCACACUUCCACCUGUUCGAAAAAUCAGAACGCGCCACUUCCAAAUUUUUGAAUUUUUAAAAUAUUCUUUCUUUUUUAAUGUUUUAUUUUUACGUUUGAAGUUCAUUUUUAAAGCUGUGAAGCAGUACCGUUUUAUUCUCAAUAAUUGAAAAUUGUUAACGUUAUUUUUUCGUUCAAAUUGAUUUUUUUAAAAUGGUUUUUAUGCUUAAUGUUCUCUUAAACAUUCUUUCAUCAUUCUCACUGUACGACUUCUGUCCAACAGCCUCAUUUCAGAACAAUGACAAUUGAUGAAAGAUAGCGACCACCAGCAGCAGCCCUGAAUACCUCAACGCACACAGAAGCGUCCGAGUCAGGCGAGGUGGCGUGGCGCCGUUGGGCGGACGAAGACGUGCACGGACGGAUGGCGUCGGAGAUGAGCCGUGUCGCCAACUACUGCUGCGAGUGCGUCGCCUCGCAGGGCCGCUGCAGCGCCGACACCUGUCCUUGCGUCGCCGCUCGCAAGACUUGCGACGAGCACUGCGAGAGCACCAGGUAUAACUUGUUAUAUGAAAAAAUGACCGUUCAAAAUUUGAAAUACAAUUCGGGAAAUUUGUAAAUCAUCAUAACAGACUAUUUUUUGUGGGGUAGUUCCGUCCUUUUUAAGUUUCGAGGGUUUUAAGCUUACCCAAGAGGGAGUUAGCUUGAGAAAUUUUUGCCGAAAAAAGCUCAUAAAAUCACGAUUUUGAUCUAAAAUCGACGUUUUCGAAAUCUCGAAAUCGUUUCGAAAGAUUCUGCGGUAUUUCUCCAUUCUGUCAUGUUACUACGCAUUCCUAGCGAAUGUAUGUUCGGUGCCGUCCUGACGUGUGGCCGAUUGAAGCGGAGACGGGCCUCUGAAAGGCUGAAAGUCUCGUGGGAUGCGCGUUUUGAUAUCCGAUACCACGACCAAACACAUAUGUCCGCAACGCGUCCUAAACGGCCUCAUCCGCAUUUUCGGGAUUCAAAGCUGUACUAGUUGGCAUAACAGAAGGCGAUUUGAUAAGGGAUCAUACGUUCUUGUUUUGAAAGUCUGAGCGAUCGAAAAUAGCUCAAAGUAGAAAAGCGCAAUCAAGCUAAUAUUUCUGGAAAGGUAAAAAAAAAGCAAAAAAAGUUUUGGAACAGCGACGUUCAGUUGAUGAUUACCCUCGUUUGGAUAUAGGAUACUUUCAUAUAGACGAGUUUUUUAGUGUCCGAAGGUCUUUAACAUGAGAGUCUUAAAAUAGGUUCCUGAAGCACAACUGAAGUGAUGAAAUUUAGAAAAUAAGAAAGGUGGCUCCACUUGAAAAGUGGGUAAAAUUAAUUAUCUUUUUUGAAAAGGUUUUGAAAAGGAAAAUCUCUGAACGACAUAACUCAACCUAAAAUUGCAACUUCGCCAGUCUUAUAAUUUUAUUCUGAGCUCUUGUAAAAGUUUUUUUAUAGUUUUGCGAAAAAGUCAUAGUUCCCAUAUUACUUUUUUUGAGAUGAUUCAUCUUUUUCUUUCAAAACAGAAAAACCUACAAAUAACCGAACUCAGAAACGAAGAGCAGCAAAAAAAGUCCCCGGAGAGCCGUUUGCUAUUCGCACUCCACAACUACCCAAAUACUAUGGUCAUUGGAAUUAAAGCAAUAAAAGGGACCCAUAAAAAGGGCAAAGAUUUUUAUUUGAGUGUAAUUGGAAAGUAAUCCUUCAUCAUCACUUACCCACGCGCGAAAACCUGGGAUUAGCCGCGCUAUUCACACGUUUCUUCGCCGUGUCUUCUUCGAUUCUUCUACUCGAGUAAAGAUGUGAGAAGUGAGGAGCGUCAAGUGGGAUGAACAUGAAGAAUGAAAAGGGACAGUAGCUUCGAAUCAUUGUUAUUUCAACUUGGUCCUUGAAUAAAUGACUUGUUGAGGUACCGCGGAGACUGCCUCAACCAGGCGAUCUGCAAGUGUUCCUGUGAGGUCGAUCCAGCCAAGCCGGCCAAGAACGCCUGUACCAAGAGCGAAAGAUGCGAUUGUUUGAGGAUCAAGGAAGGCUGCAGCAAACUUUGCGCCUGCAAGCAAAUCUGCAAGAACAAGGUGAUUUUUGUCUUUCGUUUGAUUUCUCGAAACCAUGUAGAAUCGUAAAGUUUCAAGUCGCUACAUUAUUUUUUUUUAUAUUCAAUUUUACGAAGGGAGAACUAACCAUGGGAAAUGCCUUGUUUGUUCAAUUUUUUUGCUUUUUUGGAAACUGUUCAUCCUUUUGACAAUUUUUCUUUUAGAAAACUUUUGCUUUUUCAUCAAAUGUGAAACAAUAUCGUAGCGUUCUUCUUCUUCUGAUACUCUACAUUUCGUUCUACAGUUUUUUUUUUUUGCGUGAACUCAAGCACCGUUCAACAGUAUUCAUGGAUUUUGGAAGUUUUGAAAAGCUUUGAGAUCUCAAAAAAAAAACAUCAAUGCUCAGAGCUUCUUUGUAUUUUUCCAUCCAGUAACUUAACACUAAACAAAUGCUGACUCCAAGAAGAAGACCCAAUUUCCAUGGUAUUUCUUCUUACUCCGUCUCAUUUGCAAUAAUCACGAAGGAAAAUGAGACGGAAUGAUCCUGGAAACGGGGAAAAAAGCCCUCGAAAUGGCUCGUGUUUCUCGCCACCGACCAAUUGAAAUACGUACACUCGGCACGCCAAUAGAAGCCCCUCUCGAAGAUUCCUUAAAUGCACUCCUUUUCAAUGGAAAAACGAAAGCCAAUAGCCUUGUUAAAUUGUUUUUGUUUGCACAGAAAUUCGUAUUGGACUGAGUUUCCGGGUUUUGUUUGAAAAAUAAAGUUGGAUUCCUUUGCUUCGAAAGAUUUAAAGUUUGAGAAAAAUCGGAACAAUAGUUAAAUUUUGGCUUUGAAGAAACUCCAUUGGACUUGAGUCCAUUUAUUCAUCAAAUUAACUGUUUUUCAAUCAAAUUUAUGAUCAUUUGUAAGAAAAUCCAAAAGCCUCCUGAGAGAAGUUGAGCUCUGAGGAUUACACUCGAAGUUUCAAAAACUAGGAGAAGAAGCGGAACGAAACGCCUGACAAGGUUAAGCCCUGAAAGUCGGGUCCUUGAAAGGCAUUUUUUUAUGGUUUUCGGGGGCUCAGGAACUGAAUUUUUUUAGUUUUCCAUCUUCAUUUCUUUUUGAGGGACGAGAAAAAUAGCACAAGAAUGUUUCAUUUCAUCAAUUUAUGAGAGAAUAAAUAUAGAUUUUAUUCUUUGCCAAAGUACAAACUUUUGAAAAGGUUUUUACAGGAUUUUUCAAGAGGCGAAAGUCUUAAUUUUUCAUGAAACUCAAGGGAAAUAGUCAUCAUAUUCUUUUUCUUUUAAUUUCAUGAAUAAAAGCUCGGGGAAAUUACAGGAAGCCCCGAAGAAACUGACAAAAGUAGCGAAGCCGACUUCUGGAUGCCAAUGCGCAAAAAGCAAGAAACAAUGCGUGAAGAAAGAAUGUUCCUGCAGGACUGUCUACGGUUUCUGCUCAGCCAAGUUUGUUCAUUUUAAAAAAAUGAUUUGGAAAAACAAACUUGUAUAACUUUGUCUUCUUUAACCUUUUCCGUGAGGUCUUUUUUCAUUCUUGACAUUUUUGGCUGAACCCAUAAAUUAACACGAAGAACGGGUCUGAACGAAGAAUUGUUGAUCUACUGGCGACUGAUGAGAUGAAUGGGCCGAGGCAGGCGUAAAACGGACAAAAGAGGCGCUUGGACGUGUCCCUGGAACCCUUUCCUGAAUAUUUCACUCCGUUCGGCCUGGUAAAUCUGAGAGCCGCGAGUUUUUCACCAACGAGUUGUGAAUUUGCAAUGGAUUAUAAUGUGGAACGGGCUCGAAAACAAAACUUUUUCACAAAAAUAACGAGUUAUUUGAGAGAGGGGGUGAUAUAAAAAUUUGAAAAUUAGUAAGAUUCCGGUAAAAUUUCUUACUUCAAUAAAACUUUCCAGAAGUUUUUUGAAGAUGAAAAUUCCCUGAUUUUUUUGAGCCAACAAUUGGAAAUCUAACGACUUUUUUUUCCUAAAUAAUUUUCGGAAUGAAUAGCGAACUAUUCUGCAAAGUUUUAUUGAAUUUUUUCUCAAACAUGUGUAUUUUAUAUGAAAAAUUAACAAUGAAUGAAUUUCUAUAAAAAAACUUUUUUUUUCGAAAAACUAUAAAUUUCGGCUCCCAACUUUCAUCUAGAAGCUUUAGGUCCUGGUUUUCUACUCAAUAGUUUUCGCGACAAAAUUUCUUCUGCUUGAAUGACUUUGGGGUGUGAAUCUGAUGCGAAAUUCGUCUCCUGUGGCCGUUCAAAUUUGAUUUCCUUGCGCCACACACUUGAGAAAUCAUCUAACUCACUAAAUUCUUUACUUCGCAGAUUUACAUUCGAUCAAACUUUCAAAAAAAUAACUAAUUCAGUUGCAAAUGCGGCGGCGACUGUACAAAUGGUGCUUCGAAGUUUUCGGUUCCGAAACACGUUCAAAACUGCUUUUUGGAGCAUAAACACGAGAGUAGCGGCCUGAUAGUCACAUUGAUAGGUUUGAUAAUCUCACAGGGUUUUUCUGAAUGAAGUUGCCAUUUUCAGGAGAAGAUUACAUUUACCGAGGCGAUUUCUACCACGAGUCGAAGGUUAGUUCGUCUGAAUUUGUGGUUUCCUUUCCCUGUUAGCUUGGAACCAAAAGAACUACAGACUUCUGAACUUCUUAUUUUUUUCAAAGACCUUAAUUAAAUGUAUUCUCAAGCCAGGGGUUAAUGGACCAUAAUCAUAACUCUGAAAAAUACCCUCUAAUUUUUAAAAAAAUGCCCUUUAAUUCUGAUUAUUUUAGGGAGAACCGCACGUCGAGGAGCAGUUAGUAGCAGCAAUUUAUGACCUCAUAUCUAAAUAUAAUGUGAGUUUGGAAAUUUUUAUCAAAAAAAGUGAAAUGAAAGUUCCAUUUUUUUACACGUUUCGUUACGAUUAUUCUUUAAAGUUGUCGUUUUUUAACGUCGUUUUGAACCAAAAAUUAGGGCAAAACGAAAGGUUUUUGACUUUUUUUUAAUAUGGAUAACUUCUUUUUAUCAUGAUAGUGAUAAUCAAAAACAACUUGACGGUUCGCCUUUCCAGGUAGACCUCUAUGAAAUUAGUAUAUUCGUGUCGAAGUCGCCUUGCUUUCAUCAAGACUGCGAGCCCAAGUGCGAGGUCGUCGACGAGUGCAAGAGCAACAAGGCCUGCGCCAAGCUGCUCGGACUCCUUCUCAGCAAGGUUUUCCAUCGUGUCCCGACCUCUCGAAAAUCUUCCUACUUCCAGGUCCGGAAGGAGAUCAAAAAGGUGGACGUGAAGAUGACCGUGAAAUUCCUGUAUCCGCAUCUGAAUCGGGGCGAUCUUUACACCAAACAAGGCAUUUUGUGUAUGCUUCAAGCCGGUAUCAAGGUUUGUCAAAUCGAUUUUUUAUUCAAGAGCAGAAACGUAGAGAAAAUUAAGGAUUUUUGAAGUCAAUUUAGGCCUCAUGAGUAGCGUUGUUCGAGUUUUCUCUCUUAUUGUUUAUUUCCAAAAUGAAAUUUUUUUAACUAGAAAUUUUCAAACGACUUUUUGAAGUUCAAAAACAUAAUGUACAUUGAAAAAGUUUGAUAGUUUCAAAAUCGUUGAAGUUACUAAUUUGAAAAAAUUCGAUACUUCAUACACCUGAAAAAAAAAUUUUUUUAAUGGAAAAGGGUCAAUAUUAUGAAAAAAAGAUGUUUAAUUAAAUUCUGAUUUCCGAAAAACAAUUUUCUCUGAAGUUUCAAAGCCUGGGUUUCUGAAUACUAUUACUUUUUUCAAAAAAAGCUGAUUAUUUUAGGUCGAACCACUACUCAUGAAGGAUUGGUGCGCCAUAAUGGACUGGUCACCAAACGUUGAUCACAAGGGCGAUUACCUCCAAUUGUGGAAUAAUCAUCACCUUGAUAAGGUUUGAAAAUUUGAUUUAAAUUUUACAAAGGAGUUCUGUAAGGGUCUGAUCUAUCAGUUUUUCUUUCACUGGGACAUUGUAUUUGCCGAUUUAGGCUGUGGCGCAGUCCCAACUUUUCAUCAACGAAUGCCGAAGAGCGUUGGGCCUGUCGAUGAAGUUCUGGGUGGCGGAGAUCCACGAGAUCGUCAAGGACACGAUUCUGCACUUCUCCGACCUGAGGACAAAGUGUGGCGAUCUUAACGACGCUUUGAAACAGGUAUGAGGUCACACCUGAGCAAGUGAAGAAAUUGAGUCCGGGGAGUAGAAGUUGGCUCAGAAAAAUUUUUUUGUAAAGUAAGAAAAAGAAAAAGAUAAUUUUUUUAAAUACAGGAGUUUGGGUUGACAAAAACCAAUUAAAAUUGUGACCAGGAGGGAGGAAAAAUUUUAAUUCUUCGGCGGUCUUUGAAGGUCUGCUCCUGUAAGCCUAGUCUGCUCCACAAGGAAGGUCAUUUUACUUUACGGUAGGAGUUCCUUGAAAUUUGGCCAGAAUACUCCUCGAGGAACCCAUUGAGUCUUCUAAAAGCCUCAAUAUGCUCAACCUUCUCCAGUUUUCGAUAAACAAGAGCCCUGUGUUAGAGCAAACGAUCAAAAUACGUUAAAACAGGCUAUUUUGAAACUUUUUGACCACUUUUCUUGAAGAUUUGGAAGUUGUGCAGGUUGAGAUUCCUACGACCAUAAUUUGGUACUAUCCAAAAAUUAUCUGGCCAGUUUUCAGAAAACUUCUAACCACAAAGUAAAAUAACAUCUCUAUCAGUCAAAAAAGGUCAUUUUACUCUGGGGAAAAAAAUUUUUUUCUAGGGUUUAAAAAGGUCAGAUCAGGUUUUUUUUUUCCGCAGUCCAAAUUCCAUAACUUUACAGUUGGACCUGACGGCAACGCCGCACAAGAUCCGCUCGACGCCUUCCAAAAGACGGUCUUUCAUCGACCUGCACGAGCUCAAGGACAAGCUGCUCCGCGGCUCGAACGACACCAAAAAAACCGGUUCCCAUGUGUCAGUGGCCAGGUACCUCCGCUUCGCUAUUCUGUCGCACCCUUUAACUUUUCGACGUUUUUUUCUGAAUCCAAAAAAAAGAUUUUUCGAAGUUUUUGAUAAGAUAGGUUAACCGAGGAGAGAAAAAACCUAGGAAAUAAUUCAAGCUUUCAAAAAAUAAUUUUCACAUAAUUGAACCGAAAUGAGCCAUUUUCUUUUUUCAUGCCUUUUUUGGAUCCAAAGAAACGUCACAACCAAUAGGCCACUCACCAAAAAAAAAAGUUAUUUACAAAAGAUCCAUAAAUUAACUUUGGAGCCUCAAAAACCUCUCAAACCCUACCGUUUCCUAUGCGCAUGAUCCGCAAUAUCGUAUUUUCCUUGAUCGACCUUUUUCAUGUCGUAAAUUUCCUUUGGAAACGUGGUCUAUCCUUUGAUGCAUGGAGUUGCCGUUGAAUAAAACGAAUUUUAGUGGUGUGUUCCUUGAGAAAUUCUGAAAAGACUCGUAUAUUUGUGGCGGCUUUGGUAACGGAAAAUUAAAAUUGUACCAAAAGGAAUGAAGAAUGAGAAGAAAGAAGUAGGUAAUUAAAUAUAAAGUUUAGGAUUGAUAUUUUCCUAAUGAUUGAAAAGUUGAAGUUGAAGCCUGUCGUAACAAGUCUCGUCGAGCCUACGAUUUUUUAAGAUUUGUUGAACUGAAGACGAAAAUAGUUGUUUCAAAGUUUCCGUUCGUAAAUGUCUUUCAUUCCUCAAGCUAAUUGGAUUGUAUUUAGUUAGCUAAGAUGGUUAGAACAUGAAAAAAUAGGCAAUUUCCAACAAAAAUGAGCUCAAAACGCUAUUCCAGACGAAAAUCGCUGUAUCUUCCGUUUGUAACUGUUUUUUUUUUCUUCAAUAACAGUAUGGUUUGGAGUGUUUCUAACUCGAAAAAUCAACGUCUUGUAUUUUUUCUCCUUCCAGCGAGUUUCUCAAAUCUGACUACAAUUAUGCGCAUCAAAUUUUGAGUCUAAAACAUAUAUUCUGUUUUGAAAGAAAUCCUAACAAGUUGAAUCUGUACGAGGCGUUGAUCAAGAAAAAUCACUCGUUGAAAUAUUCAAAAUGAAUAUUUUCCAGCGAUGACGCUCAAGCGCAAGCGAUGGUCGCCUCGUUCUGCGGAAGGUCGUUCGAUGACUGCGAAACGGACGAAAUCGCCCAGAGGAUACGUCGCGCCACGGCUAAUAUCAACCUCGAGAUUGAGACCCUCAUGGAGUUCCUCAAUCACAAAGGAGCUCUGUCUUGA